UGCUUCUGGCUUGAUUUGAAAGACAUUGGGGUUGAGCAGACUCCCCAUUAGAUGGCACUGAAGAGCACGAAGCGCUGCAGGUGAUUCGGACCAGGGAAGCUCUUGGAAAAGCAAUGGCUGAAAGGGCUCAGUGAUUCACAAAGUUUCAAUUUUCCCAUUACUAAUACAUAUACUUGUUGUCAAUGGGGAAAAGGAAAGAAAUGGUCCACGAGAAGUUUCUUUCGGACGGGGAUGAAUCUGUGGGGCACAGUUUACACAAGAAGAAGCAUAAAAAGCACAAGAAGCACAAAAAAAAGCACCAAGAAGAAGUCGGACCCAGCUUCUCCUCAGAAGCCCUGGAGUCCGAUUCAGGAGUCCUUAAACCUCAGCUGAAACUGAAGAUCAAACUGGGGGGACAGACCCUAGGAACGAAAAGUGUUCCGACAUUCACUGUGGUUCCUGAGCUGAACCGGUCUCCAUCCCCGUUAAUGAUAUUGGAUGAUGAAGAUGAACAAACAGAAGGGGUCCCCAUUGAGCAGUAUAGGGCCUGGCUUGAUGAAGACAGCAAUCUUGACCCUUCACCCUUAGCUGAAUUGGAGUCUGGGAGCCUCCUGGUGUGCCCAGAGGAUGAGGAGGAGAAGUGGCUGGAUGCCCUGGAAAAGGGGGAACUAGAUGAUAACGGAGAGUUGAAGAAGAACAUUGACGAGUCUCUUCUCACUGCAAGACAAAAAGCCCUUUUGCACAAGCAGCAGAGCCAGCCUCUCUUGGAGCUACCGAUGGGUUACAAGGAGAAGGAAAUGACAGAGGAGAUGAUGCAAAAGAGGGAGGAAAAGGCGCGCAAACGACGCCUGCAGGCAGCAAAGAAAGCAGAAGAGAACAAAAACCAAACCAUCGAGAGACUGACCAAAACCAACAAGGCUAAAAUCAAAACAAUGCGGGAAAGAAAGUACAAACAGUCCCAGUGUCCUAUGGUUAGAUAUAACGAUUCCUUCAAAGGAACUACCAUAUCUUACCCCCACGGUGUUGCUACACCUUCUGUGGGGACCCUGUGCCCUUUGCCUACAGCUGUGCAUUGUGGGGUUUCUGGAUGCCUAAACAUGAAGAAAUACUCUUGUUCAAAGACUGGAAUCCCCCUCUGCAGUCUUGGUUGUUACAAAAAGAAUCGUCUCAUACAAGGUUUGGCUUGAGAGCAGGUUUAUUGUAAUGGACAGAAAAUGUGCUUCCAGCUGUGUUAUUUUGUAAGGUAAAAUGCUGCAAUUCUUGUAGUAUGUUUUCCAACAGAGAGACUGUUAACUUAUUUUUUUCAGAAACAGACUUGAUCCCUACUUAUUGCUGCAGGGUUUGUACUGUUUAACCUCCCAUAUGAUGUACAAUGACAUCUAUUUAUUUGCAGUGAUACACUCAAUUAUGUAAUAAUAAACUUGUCAUAAAAAUAUGUAUUUAAGAAUCACUGUAAGAAGGCUACCUAAAUAAAUCAUUGUUUAUAUAUAA